CUGUGAUUGUGUGAACCAUUAAUUUGUGUGCAGACCUGGAAUUUCCAGCCUACCUGUUGGGCCUGGAAACUGCACAGCUGGCCAAGAAACUGACAAGCCGUGUUCUCGACUCCAAGUGGGGUGCCCGCUCGGAGAGCAUAGAGAUGCAGCAAAAUGUAGAGCAGGCCAACUAUAUCCGCGAUGCCUGGGCCAAGGCGUUGUACACACGCAUCUUUGACCGUCUUGUGGAUAUCAUCAACAACGCCAUGCAGACCACAGCUGGCGAGCUCAGCGUCGGCAUUUUGGACAUCUACGGCUUCGAAAUUUUUCAACGAAACGGCUUCGAGCAAUUCUGCAUCAAUUACGUGAACGAGAAGCUCCAGCAAAUUUUCAUCGAGCUAACGCUGAAAGCUGAACAGGAAGAGUAUGUUCAAGAAGGAAUCCAGUGGAAGGCAAUUGACUACUUCAACAACAAGGUCGUCUGCGACCUCAUUGAAAGCAAGGUUCCCCCAGGAGUGUUCUCAGUGCUCGACGACAUCUGUGCCACGAUGCAUGCCACGGGUGAAGGAGUGGAUGCGCAGCUGUGUCAGAAGCUCUCGCACCAGGUUGGCAACCAUCCCCAUUUUCAGCUGACCGGCGGCACUGGAUUCGCCGUGCACCAUUACGCGGGCAAGGUCACCUAUGAUGCGGACGGCAUGUGUGAAAAGAACCGGGAUGUCCUGUUUCCGGACGUUGUCCUCGUCAUGCAGAGCAGUUCGAAUUCAUUCAUCAAGAGUCUUUUUCCUGAGAACGUAACUGGGACAGUCAAGGGUAGACCUACCACAGCUGGUUCCAAAAUCAAGAGUCAGGCCAACAAGUUGGUAGAGGCACUGAUGAAAUGUACACCACAUUAUAUUCGCUGCAUCAAGCCAAACGAAACAAAGAAGGCGCAUGACUGGGAAGAAGACAGGGUGAAGCACCAAGUAGAGUACCUGGGCCUCAAGGAAAAUGUACGUGUGAGGCGAGCUGGAUUUGCCUACCGGCGAGUCUUUGAUAAGUUCCUGCAUCGAUAUGCUGUCCUGACCAAAGAGACUUUUCCACAGUGGCGUGGCAACAUCAAGGAAGGCAUAAUGCACAUUCUCAACAGUGUUGGCAUGGACAAAGACCAGUACCAGCUUGGGAAGACAAAGGUCUUUAUUAAAGCACCUGAGUCGCUGUUCCUACUUGAAGAAAUGAGGGAACGGCGGUAUGAUCAGCACGCCCGAGUUAUUCAGAAGGCAUUCAAGAAGUACUUUGCCAGGCAGCAGUACCUCAAGCAAAAGCAGAAAGCUGCAGACAUCCUACAAGGUCGCAAAGAGCGGCGUCAUCAUAGCCUGAACCGGAAUUUUGUCGGUGACUACAUUGGCCUGGACCACCAUCCAGAACUGAGGGUGCUCGUCGGAAAGCGCGAACGGGUGGAGUUUGCAGAAACAGUCCUCAAGUACGAUCGCCGUUUCAAGCCUGUCAAGAGGGACCUCAUCUUGACUCCCAAGUCACUAUUUCUCAUUGGCCGAGAAAAGAUUAAGAAAGGAAAUGACAAGGGCAAGAUCAAGGAGGUCAUUAAACGGAAGAUUGACCUUGAGAACAUUUCUCAGGUGUCAACAAGCACUCGCCAGGAUGACUUCUUAGUGUUGCAAGUGAGAAAUGAGUACGACACCUUUAUUGAGUCUGUCUUCAAGACAGAGUUCCUGUUCAUGCUUGACAAGAAAGUUCGGGAAAAGUGCCAGCGGCCUUUGAACCUGCAGUUCUCUGACAAGAUGGAGUAUCGAGUGAAAAAAGAAGGCAUCUUUGGUGGUGGCUCCACCAAGCAGGUGCAUGUCGUCCAAGGCCAUGGUAAUGAGGCUGUUCUGAAGGUCACCGCAGGUGUUCUCAACAUAAGCAUUGGCCCUGGACUGCCAAAGAAUUCAAGACCAUCGGAGCGUUCAGCGUCUUCUGGACCCAGGCCAGUAAAGGUCAGCUCCUCGAGAACACAGCAACAGCCCAGUGGGAACAAGUUAAAGGAACACAAUGUCAGAGGCCGGACUGUGACUUCUGCAGCAUCUGCCAGGUCUCCAAAUGCCGCUCUUGCAGCGGUCAUAGGAGCAAGAGCAGGAGCAGGGGCAGGCAAUGCACUGAGGCAUGCUCCGAACCUGCCACGAACCAGCCACAGUCAGCACAAAAGGGUUUCCACAGAAGAAAAUGGCCCUUCAGACUACAUGAGACCACCUGAAGCAGGCGUGUCGGGUGAAAAGCGCAAGAACUCCAGGAAAGCACGGCCAGUACCAGGUGGUGGCAAGCCAAAGCCACCACCAAGUAGACCAAAGCCUGCAGUCCCCACAUGCAAGGCCUUGUACGCCUACGAACCUCAGGAUACAGAUGAGCUGGCAGUUGGUGAAGGCGACAUCAUUGAAAUCCUCAAAGAAGACCCAUCAGGCUGGUGGCUUGGUCGACUAAGAGGCAAGGAGGGGCUAUUCCCUGCCAAUUACGUGGAACGUAUCUGAUCCCGCAGGUCAAAUUCACCAUUUCUGUAGCUCUCCUUUGCACAAAGCUUGAAAGCAGCGAAGUGUUCAAGUGUUAUCAAGAACCACAAGACCUCAGCGAUUAUCCUUUGUGCAGAUUCUGCUUCUGUUGUGAGGUACAGAGCUUGCGUCCUUCACUUUCAUCAAAUGAUAACUAGAGGCCUAGGUGAACUUGUGCUAAUAUGAUGAAAGUGAUGAGACUUCACCAUCUUGAUUGUGCACAGCUUCAGAACACUGUUUGCAAGAUCUCUGCUGCACCAAGCACGAACGUCGGGCCACCUUGUACUUAUAAAGUUUUCGAUAUGGAUGAAAACCUUAUGAAGGAGAAAGAAGAGAAUAGAAGGCAAAUGUCAUCGUGGCCAGAGCUGUUAUUUCCAUCAGCCCAGUGUCUUUUUCCAUUGUAGCCACAUUUAGUUUCACAGAAGCAUUGCAGAAGAGAUUGCAGUGUUGUUUUUCCUUUGCACAGGCUCAACAAUGUAGAGCUGUGUAAAGGUUGUAAACAAAUGUCCCUUUUUUUGUCACCUGUAUUUGUCACAGAAGAAAACUGUCAUUAAAGUUUUUUUUUUAUCUA